UCGGACAACUGUGGUAUCGAAUAGGACAGUGAUGGCUGUCGCCGUUCGGCUGUAAGGUGACGUGUCUGUGUUUUUUUUCCAAAUAUAUUGAAAACAGCAGGAGAAAGCGAAAAAAAUGAAUGCCUUCAAACGUGACAAAAAAGAAGAGGAAGAUGGGGGAGGAAAUCCAUUCCAAUAUUUGGAAAAAACAACUGUACUCCAAGAAGCUCGAACAUUCAACGACACCCCUGUCAAUCCCCGAAAAUGUGCUCAUAUUUUGACAAAGAUUUUGUAUCUGCUAAAUCAGGGAGAACAGCUCGGCACUACAGAAGCUACAGAAGCUUUUUUUGCUAUGACAAAACUUUUCCAAUCGAGAGAUGUUGUUCUCAGACGACUUGUUUAUCUAGGCAUCAAGGAACUUAGCUCCGUUGCCGAAGAUGUCAUCAUUGUUACUUCCAGUUUGACCAAAGACAUGACUGGCAAAGAGGAUCUCUACAGGGCGUCUGCGAUACGAGCUCUUUGUACAAUCACGGACAGUGGAAUGUUAGCAGCGAUCGAGAGAUACAUGAAGCAAGCGAUCGUGGAUCGUUCGCCAGCGGUAUCGAGCGCAGCAUUAGUGUCGUCAUUACAUCUGACGAGCGUUUCCGGCGACGUGGCAAGGAGGUGGGCGAACGAAGCACAGGAAGCUUUGAACUCUGAGAACGUGAUGGUUCAAUAUCACGCAUUGGGAGUGCUUUAUGAAGCGCGUAAAUCUGAUAAGCAUGCGGUGAUAAAACUCGUGGCCAAGUUGAUGAGAACAAGUCCAAAAAGUCCGUAUGCAGCUUGUAUGUUGAUUCGAAUGGCUUGCAAGCUUCUCGAUGAUUCGUCACCGAACGAGGGUGGGGAACUUUUGGAAUUUAUCGAAUCAUGUCUACGCCAUAAAUCGGAAAUAGUCGUUUACGAGGCAGCACAUGCGCUCGUGAAUUUAAAACGUAGCGGAAGCCGUGAAAUAGCACCAGCCAUAAGUAUAUUACAACUGUAUUGUGGUUCACCAAAGCCAGCGGUUCGUUUUGCCGUUGUUCGUACAUUGAAUCAAGUGGCGAUGACCCAUCCAGCGGCGUUGACGGCUUGCAAUCUUGAUCUUGAGAAUCUCAUAACCGAUCCAAACAGAUCAAUUGCGACUCUAGCAAUAACGACUUUACUAAAAACCGGCGCCGAAGUCUCGGUCGAUCGUCUGAUGAAACAAAUCGCUACUUUUGUCUCGGAGAUCUCGGACGAAUUCAAAGUCGUCGUUGUUCAAGCGAUCAGAACGCUCUGCCAAAAAUUCCCGAGGAAACACUCUGUUCUGAUGAAUUUUUUGUCCGCUAUGCUGCGGGAUGAAGGCGGCCUCGAGUACAAAGCGGCUAUUGCUGAUACAAUUAUCGCUGUUAUGGAAGGCAAUGCCGAAGCUAAAGAAGCUGGAUUAGCACACCUCUGCGAAUUCAUCGAAGACUGCGAGCACACUUCCCUCGCCGUUCGUAUCCUUCAUCUUCUCGGCCAAGAAGGCCCCACCUCUAAACAACCCUCUCGUUAUAUUCGGUUCAUCUACAAUCGUGUAAUUCUUGAAAGCGCCAACGUUCGAGCCGCGGCUGUCACGGCCCUUGCUCGCUUCGCCGCUGCUUGCCCCGAUUUACUACCAAAUGUUUUGGUUCUUCUCGCACGUUGUCAACUCGACUCGGACGAUGAAGUGCGUGAUCGCGCCGCUUACUAUUGCACUAUACUCCAAAUGCAAAGUAAUGAUCCUACUAUUUUACCACUCGUCCAUCCGCCUUUACUAUCUAUUCCAACCCUUGAACGAACUCUUCGAAGCUACAUGAGAACUAACAUGGACGAACCCUUCGAUAUAUCUCAGGUACCACCGGCGCAAGCUGUCGAAGAGCCGAUCCAAGCCGAAAUAAAUUUGUCAGCAAAAUCACAACAGCCCAGGCUAACGCGAGAAGAAAGUUAUGCUGAAAAACUGUCCCAAAUCCCUCAAUUGGCAUCGGUUAUCAACGAAUUUGCCCUAUUCAAAUCAUCCCCGGUAUUCGAGCUCACAGAGUCCGAAACUGAAUAUAAUGUCAAGUGUGUAAAACACACAUUCGCCGAGUAUCUCGUUCUCCAGUUCGACUGUCUCAACACAUUGUCCGAUCAACUUCUCGAGGACGUCAGAGUCGCUGUUGAAGCGCCCGAAGGGUAUACGGUAGUUUGCGAAGUUCCAUGUCCACGUCUCGCUUACAACGAGCCUGGAACAACAUACACAGUAUUGGUCUAUCCCGAAGACAUACACGCAAGUGUAGCGACCAUUCCAACAACUCUACGUUUCAUGGCUCGUGAUUGCGAUUCCGCUACGGGAUUGCCAGAAACCGAACAAGGAUACCAUGAUGAGUAUAUGCUCGAAGACUUGGAAGUGACGUUAGCGGAUCAAAUGCGUGGUACAGGUGCAAGAGGAAUGGAUUUUAAUGCCGCUUGGGAAGCAACAAAAUCUCGCGGUUUUACCGCCGUAGAGGAGACCUUCGCAUUGGGAAAUACAGUCACGACCCUUGAAGGAGCGGUUCAAAGUCUUGUAGGAUUUUUGGGCCUCGAAGCAGCCGAAAGAAGUGAUAGAGUACAAUCUGGUGCAAACGGACACGUGUUGCUUCUCCAUGGUAUAUUCCGAGGUGGUAAAGAGCUUUUUGCUCGUGCCAGGCUUACCCUCUGGAAUGGACAAGUUACGAUGCAACUAUCAGUUCGUUCCCAAGAUCCUGAUGUCGCUGAACUCGUUUUGUCUUCCGUAGGAUAAAAUAUUAUCCUCUUGAUUGGAACUAAUUCACACAAAUUCAGAUAGAAAUGCAACGACACUUUUAUAGAUUAAAUAUGAGAAUAUUUACUUCAAUUCAUACCCAACAUUUUUCAAUCCGGACCAUUAAGCCACACCAAUUUUCAUCAAUACCGUUUUUUCGUUACACCGUUAUUAUAUACGUCGGUAUUAUCGUAUGUACAAUUAAGUGGGGCUACUGAUUAUUAAAUAUUAGAAAUAUGUAA